AUGGCAUGGCAAGAGGCACCAAGUCAAGUACCCAUAUUCAUAGAUUUGGGGUUACGGCGACAAAUAAUAGCUCAUGCUACUUUUUUAUUUCGGAAGAUGAAAAUCGAUAUGAGACUUAGCGUGGUGUCUGCUGAUAACUUAGAUAAGAGAACGAGGUAUCGCGAAGAGGAGGUUUGGACUUGCAGGUACUUACUGUUCGGCGAAAGUGGCAAGUUCCACCCUUUUUGUAUUAUUUCAAAUUCAAGCAACGUCGCGGCUAGGCAAUCGCGCGCCGCGAACUGGGCCGCCAGCGCUCUUUCCCUGGCGCCGUAUAGGAAGCUAUCCCCAGAGUCGAGGGCCUCGCCAUCCGUUCAGCGCAACACAGUG